AAAUGACAAUCAACUGCGACUUGACUCUACUUAACCUAUAUUUUGCCUAGCAUAUUUCGACGUUGUGCUUUUACAUCUCCUUUGCGUAGUAAGUUCUUUUUGUAUUGGUUUAACUGUUUUUUGAGAAGUGAUCGAAUUUAUAAUGUUAUUCCUUAUGCGAGUUUAACUUGUGCAUAUCGAAAUAUUAGGUUAGCUUUCGAAGAAGAUUCUAUCGAUGAGAGGACUGUUAAUAAAUCGAAAGCCAAAGUGGAAGCAGAGUUAGACGUAUCUCCAAUAACGGUUUUCAGACAUUUGAGUGCAAUGGAUAAAGUGAAAAAAUUGGAAAAGUGGGUACCGUCACUAACCGAGGAUCAAAAGUUGUGUCUUGUGUUUAUCGUGUAAAACUCGAAAGAAUAGAAGUUUAUUUUUGAAUAGAAUUACAACUCGUGAUGAGAAAUGAAUACGAUAAUCGUACACGAUUUGGACAAUGAUUGGACGAUAAUAAAAAUCUUAAAUAAAUACCGAAACCAUUAUUAUGGACGAGAAAAGUUAUGGUGACCAUAUAGUCCGUAAAAGGAAUAAUUCAUUGUUAUUUUCUGAAACAAGAAGAUACUAUAACAGCAACAUCGAUCGAUAAAUGUGGACCUAUUUUUCUGCAUAACAACGCUCUAUAAAAAUUAGCCGAUCAAUGAAAAAUAGAUAUUUCACCAACCGAUUAUCGCUUUACACUUGUUUUUAAAAAUAUUCGACAUUCGACGAGAAGCUAUAAUAACAACAUUCGACGAAUUUCUAAAACCAAAAAGUUUUACAAAAAUGGAAUUAUGUCGGUUGGAAUCUCGUUGGGAAAAUUAAAGUUCAUAUUUUGGUUGAAUAAAGAGUAAUAAAAGAAAAUAUAUUGUUUUUCUUUCGACGGCAAUUUCGUGUGGUAUUACCUCACAUAAACGAAAUAUCGAAAAAUUCGCUGUGUCCCUUGAGCGUGCUCGAAGCCUAGGAACGGAAUAAUACGCGAAAAAUCCAGUACGUUCCCUCUCCUCGAGAGGGAACCCCUAACCAAGUGCGCGAGUGGCAGCAUCCGUUAAAACGAUCCGUCAGAAGCCGUUCGAUUGAUAGACUCGACGGGCAUGAAAUAUUUAAACCGCUUAGCAGAGGCUCCCACGUCGUUUUUCGUCCGGCUUAAACCGUAUUCACCGCGGACGGAGGAGAAAUAAUUACAAAGUUACGGGCUGGCCGAGCCAAGGAGAAAGUUUUCCCGAUACACGCGUAGCCUCGAAUAUCGUUUCCAUCAGCCGGAUUGCCAUCGCCCGUGUCCGGAAGGGUCUUUCGAGUCGUAAAAGCGGGUCCAAGUGCUCUUUACAUGCAUAUUGCCUUUUCUCGAGGAGCGGCGUGCUUGCGCUGCCGACGAGCGGCGCGGUUCGUCCGUUUGUCGAACAGACCUCGAGGAGGGAUGCUCCGUGACGCGGCGAGCCGGCACGAGGAGAAGGAAGAGGAGGAAGAGGAGGAGAACUCUUCAAAUUUUAUGCCACGUUUAACCUUUGAUCGAUUUUCCUUUGCGAUCGUGGAAAAAAAGAAAAAAGGAAGGAAGAAAAAGAAGGUGUUAUCUAGCCAGGUGAUAAGCACCCUUGCCGACCUUGCGAGACCGCGCCACGAGCUUCUUUUCUUCCGCUCUCGCCUCCCCCUUUCCCUCCGCCGCGGCUCGCAGAGGGUCUCCACCCCUUCUUCCCCUCUCGAGAGAAGCAUCCACGUGGUGAGAGCGCGGGGGAUGACGAUGGAGGACGGGCGCGGUGACCGGUGAAGAAGGGGCGAGGGAAGAGUGAAGGCACCGAGGAAGCUAUCCGGAACAACGAAGAUGAGAUGGGAUGCCGCUCUAUAUCUACUCUCGCUGCUGCUCUUCUCGUUGGCCAAUCUGUGCUGGGCUCUCGUCGAAACCCGAGGAUGCAAUCGCACUAUCAGAAAUUCCGUUGGAUGGAUACGCUGGACAGGACGAAUGGGACGAUGCAUUGUUCGCAUCAGAGCGCCUCCUAGAGAUCCUCAGGUGAUCGAGUUGAAAGUUAGGAAGCUGCAAGUUGGUUUCCUGAAAGAAACCAGAUGCGAGGGUGCUUACAUUCAAUUUUCCGAUGGUAGCGAGGAUCUUGAAGAUGAAACAGGACGUUACUGCGGCUAUGUGAGUGGCAACACGACCAGGCUGUUCCUGAGGAAGGGGCCCAAUCUGACGAUCAUAAUGGACUCGGACGUGAGGUUCGCAGCAGAGAAUCCCGUGAUAUUCUCCGCCCAGUUCUCCAUACUUCCCGCCCAGCUCGCGUCCGAGCGUCACCGCGGCUUCUCCCCGUCCCCCUCGUCCGAGUGCCCCCUCGAGUGCGCCGUGAGGAACGACCGAAGAUCCUGCAAAUUGUCCUCGCCCGGCUACCCGGGCGUGUACCCGCGCGGCAUCAAGUGCAGGAUAGGAUUGGAAUCGGGCGCGGGCCGGUUCAAGAUCGGCGGCCAACCGGACGACACGUACGACCUGAUGAACCGCACGUCGCAGGAGGGCUGCCAGACGGAGAACUGCGAGGAUCACGUGGAGAUGGUCGCGAUGGAGCUGCGGAGGGCGAGGGUGGACGUUAACACCGGACGUUCGGCGGACGGCAGGCGCGGGCGGAGGAGCCCGGAGGACCGCGAGGAGGAGGUGGAAUUUAUCAUCGGGCAGGCGUCGUACAGGGGGGAGAGGAGGAAUAAUCGAAGGAGGCUUAAGAAAGCGAGGAAGGAGGAUAUCCGGAGAAAUAUCGGCGCGGAGGGGGGAGAGUUGGCUGCUUAUCGGGGGGGGCAGGGGGUCCGGCGGCGGGGGGAGGGUGUGCAGAAGAAGCGGCUGCGUCACCCGCAGCGCGUGGUGCGCAAGAAGUCCAUGGACUCGAUAAGGAGGAACACGUCCCCCGAUCCGGGGGAUAUAUCGGACGCGAGGAUACCGAGCGAUGGGAUGGGGGGGCAGGCGGAGGUCGCGAGGAAGGGGUCGAGCAAGGAGAAGAUCUCCGCGUUACAGGUUCCCGAGUAUCGAUACGGAAAGAAGGGGCGAGGAUCGGAGAAGUUGGGGAGCACCAGUUGCGUGGGCGAUUAUCUGACAUUGUUGGAAAACGUGGACGGGAAGAUGUUGGAGAUCUCCAAGUUUUGCGGGGAGGGCCAGGUGCCACGGAUACUUUCGAGGGGGAGGAACAUCGUGGUCGAGUUCUUCGCGGAGCAGGACGGGACCGUGAUGCACGACGGCUUCCAGUUGUCGUUUCAGGAAACGGAAGAGGCGUACGCGUUGAGGGACGAUCAGAAAUGCGAGUUCGUGUACAGAAGCAGCGAGAGGACGAGGGAGAAUAUCAAGUCGCUGCAGAGCUGGUAUCCGCCCAAUACUUUGUGCAGUUACAGAUUCAUGGGAAGAUCGUCGGAGAGGAUCUACGUUCAUAUGAAGAUAAUCAGGAACGAACCGGAUCAGGAGUACACGCCGCAGAAACGGAACUUCAGUUUGAAUUAUUGCUCUGGAAACGAGAUUGCGGUUUACAAUGGGAUCGAGGUGAACAACAGCAUCUUGAUGUGGUCUUACUGCGACGUAUCCCACCAGGACAUCAAUAACAUACAAGUCCCUCUUACCUCGAGCGGCAACGAGUUGUUGAUACAAUAUUACAGCGCGAAGGGGUCGUACGAUGGGCAAGAGUUCACUUACACGAUAUCGUACAGGUUCAUAAAGAAGGCGCAAAAUUCUACCAGCAGACGACAAAUACAGGACGAUUUCAAGUUAAUCUCUCUAAGGCCGGUAAACUUUUCAGCGUUGAAUUUGAACGAGAGCGAGAAUUGCAAUUGCGAUUUCGGCGACAGGAUCGGCAGUUUUAAGAACUGGUUUAUGGUGCUCGUUGUCUUGGGCAUAGUCUCGUUUCUUGGCGCCAUUCUCACGAUAAUAGCGCUCCUUGCCAAAUGCAUCAAAAUGAGAUCGAUGGAGAAGAAACUGUUACAGACCCCGAAACUGUGAACAACAUUUUGUACGAUUUUGUAAUUCUCUAACGAAUAAAAACGAUUUUUCUCUUUUUUUUUUUUUUACAAAUGAUUAGAUACAUUUGUUUAAUUAAGAUUCGGAUUCAUCUUUUAUUUCAACACAUUAUUUUGAAAAGUUUUGGAAAGAAUGUUGAUAUACAGUUUAAAGUUGGGGAAUUUUUUUAAAUUUAAUUCUCUAACGAUUUUAUUUCAACUUUUAUUUAAGCGAUGAUUGUGUUUGGGGCAUUUUUAACGAAUAUUUAUACUUUUGUAAUAUAAUAGUACUUUUGUAAUAUAAAGUAAUUAUUUUAUAAUUAUUUUAUGAAGUAAAAAUGUUCUUUUCUUGUUAAAAUUAUAUAUAUUUAUUUUCAUAUUCUUUUUUGAUGAGUCCAAGUUAUUAUUUUUUUAAUAAUUCAAUAAUUUGAUUGAUCGAAAAUUUUGCAUUGCGAAAAAAAUAUUAAUUCUCUAAUAAUGAAAGUUAAAUAACUGUACAAUCAAAAAUAAGAAAUAUUUCAUAGUAUCGUAAUAAAUUUUGGAAAAUCAAAAUUAUAAAAUAAUUUUUAAAUUUACGAAAAAGUUUACGAAAAGAAAAGAAUGUUUAUAGCAUAAAAUAAUAUGUAACAAUCAAAUAAUAACAAUGAAUUAGAUUUUUAUUCUCGUUAACGUUUCUUUAAUCUCUAUUAUCAUUCCUACGAAAAAUUAUAAAAGUACAUACAUAAUUUUAUUUCGCAAUAUAUACGUAUUAGAUAAUCAUAAGAGCUAAUAAUAACAAAAAAAGAGAAAAAAAGAAAAGAAGAAAAAAAUAACGUACCGUUUAAAGAAUUCCGUUGUGAAAAUCAAAAAAAAAAUAUAACGAAGAAAGUUGAAGGUCUCACCGAGAUUUGAACUCGGAUCGCUGGAUUCAGAGUCCAGAGUGCUAGCCGUUACACCAUGAGACCUUGAAAAUUUUUUUAUAUAAGAUAAAAUAGUGUGUACUUGUAAAUAAACAUCGCCUACUUUUGUAACGAAAUCGAUCAAAUAUCAAGAAAUUAAUAAAUCGAUUACAAUCGAUCAUAUUGUAAAAGCGAUCGAUCGUUUGAUCUCAUUCAUAUUAGACAAAAUUACUUGAAUUUGAGGAAUUUGAAACCUCAUUACCAUUGUAAAUCUAUCAUUCGAUAAAAAUAUUUUCUUAUUUUUAUUAACAAUAUUUAAUUAAAUUAUAACGGUUACAGUUUGGCAAAAUGCGUAUUAUAAUAUGAACGAGAUCUUCGAAUUCGAAAGUUUAGUUAAAGUUUAGUUUAAAAAUCGUUGAUAUUUAACUUUUUAGAGAGAGAAUACGCUUCAAAUAGGCCAAAUCGAUUUCAAUUCAAAUCACGUAAUUCAUCUUGUACAGACACGCAUUUGAAGUCAAAUUACUCGAAUCCAAGUUAAUCGUCUAAUUGAACAAAUUGAGCAAAAAAUUCAUCAAAUUGCGAGAAUAUGUAAAUAUAUGCCCUCGAUGUGCGUACGUACAUAUCUGAUUAGAAAAACAUAAGAAUAUGAAAUUGUAAACGCGAAAAAAAGAGGACGAGAGAGCGAUGCAAAGAGCGUAAGAAGUAUACAUAAAUAAGAUAAAAAUUUAUAUAAUAUACUAUUUGUUAGAAAAAAAUAUCAUCGCUUGAGGAAACAGCUUUAAGAAUUUUUUUUACUAAUGAUACUAAAAAGUAAUUAUUCGUUUGUUACGAAGUCUGAUGUAGUCUAAAUAUUAUUUUGCAAAAAAAGAAAAAAUAAUGUCGCUUUUGUAUUAUAUGAUAAUCAAAAAGAACAUGUACAUUUACAAUGUAAUUUUUCGUUGAAUAAGCAUAUAUCUUGUUCGAUCAAAUGCAAAAUUAAUUAUCAGAUCUUAUUAAAAAUAAAGAAGUGUAUGGAUGCUGCGAUCAUUUAGCUUGAUUCAAACCUUGAAUUUUCAGAUAAGAUAAAUGAUUAUAAGAUAAAUAAAUUAAAGUCUUACUUAGAACGUUUAGAACAAUUAUAAAAGAACAAAUGUCAAUUGUUCAUAAUUUAUCAUAACUAAAAACGAGAACAAUCACAUUUCUAUGCUACAAUAAUAAUUAAAAUUAAAAAUAUAUAGUAUAAUAAAAUCAAAAUACAAAAGAAUAUGUAAAAAAUCAUUUUGAUUAAUAAAAUCAAAAUAUCAUUUGUAAAAUUUUUGUUAAAAAUUUUUUAUUAUGGCAACCAAUAAUUUUUAUGAGGCAAAUAAAUAAUUAAUCAAUAAUCAACAUUGAUGUAAUAAAUAUUCAGAUCGAAAUAAUUAUACAUUGCAAAUAACGUAAACUAGCGAAUAUUAACUAUGCUUGUAAAAAGGAUGAAAUGCGUGUAAACGAAACUUGACGAUAAUAAUCUUGCGAGAUAAACCGUCGCUCUAUUUAUUGCAUGUCCUGAUGAAAGUUUCAACGUAUAAAUAAUCGCGGAACGGAUAUCAUACAAGAUGUAAUCGAAAUAUUAUUUCUAAAGAGAUAAAUAAUAAAAAUUAUGUAGAUGGAUAUUCCUAAUUGAUUAUGUCCAAAAAAGUCAAAAGUGUAAUAGACAAAUGUAACAUUAAUUAAAUUUUUAUAUUAUAAGAAUUAUUAAGAAAUAAUAUUUAGAAAAAUAAUUUUUUUUUAAUUUUAAUUUUUCUAUCUAUCUUCUUAUUUCAAUUCUUCAAUUCUUCAAUCGGUUAAUUGUAUUAUUGAUAAUAUCAAUUUAAUUUGUAUUAAUGUUAAUUGUAAUAAUUGUAAUUAUAAUAUCAUUGAUAGAAAUUGUAACUUUUCCAUUAAAUCAUAAUAUAGAUUAAUUGCGAAUCAAUUGAUGCAUAGUAAUACAAUACGAAAUACAAUAAUGCAAAUUGGACAACCAUUGAGUAACCAAUGAUUUGCCACAAACACAUAAUUCUUUGUACUUUGGUCAAGGUAUGAAUCAGCACUUCUUUAUUUAUCUCUAUUCGUGUUCAAAGAAACAACCGAGAAAAUGAAUAAGAAAAUAUACAAUGAUUCAGCUGGAGUGCCAAACAAUAAUUUCUUAAAAUGUUCCUACUCGUUUCGUACACGAUGUCGCGAGACUUUUAUCGAAUGUAAAUUUUUAAGUAUGAAUUUUAUUGUCCUCGCAUAUUUAUGUAUUUCCAACGUUGAAUCGAUCCAUACUUAUAACGAUGGAGCGUAUUUUUAUAAAAAAGAAAGAGAAGAAAAAAUAAUAAGAAAAACAAGUUGUAAAUGUGAUAAUAUUUAAUCGAAUUGUGCACCCACUAACAAUAAGCGACCUAUGAUGAAAUAUAAUACCGUUAAAAUGCUCGAACAAUGUGUAAUUGUGUUAAAUGAGAUAAAAAUAUCUCAUAAUAAAAAUAAGAAUAUUGCCAAUUA